UAUUCGUCCGACUGUAACCUGAGGGUCCUCCCCCUGCUCCGGAGCUGCCGAGCUGAAGCCAGGCUUAAACUUCUGACUCACUAUCGAUCACCGCACAUGUCAUAGGCAGGAGGAAGUGCGCUGGUGGUCAGAGACAGAUCUUAAAACACAGUUUAAACACCAGAAUUUAACGUUAGUCAGCUAUGCCUCUCCGGGUGGUGAUGCAGGGUCCUGGACCCUGGGGCUUCAGGCUGGUCGGGGGGAAGGAGUUCGAGCAGCCGCUGACUAUCUCCCGGGUCACCCCUGGGAGUAAAGCCGCCCAGGCCAACCUGUGUAUUGGAGACAUGAUCUUGGCCAUCGACGGAGAGCCGACAGAGAACAUGACUCACUUGGAAGCACAGAACAAGAUCAAGGGGUGCAUAGAGCAAAUGGUGCUCUCCAUAGACAGGUCGGAAAGUAAAAUGUGGUCACCUCUUUCAUCUGAGGGAGGGAAGACACAUCCGUACAAGAUGAAUCUUGCAUCAGAGCCACAAGAGGUGAAACACAUCGGCUCGAGCCACAACAGGAGCGCUCUGCCAUUCACUGGUUUUGGCUCCAAAGUCGUGACCAACCAGUACAACAACCCAUCUAGUCUCUACUCCUCAGAGAACAUCAAGGACUUCAACUCAGCCGUGGACGAAGUUAAAACAAUGGCUACAGCGAACGAGCCCAACAGCAAAGCUCCGUCAGAUCCAUCGCAGACAGAGAAGAGGCCGGCUGUAGCAGCAGAUUCAGAGGUCUACAAGAUGCUGCAGGAGAACCAACAGACUGACGAGCCUCCUCGCCAGUCUGCUUCAUUCAAAGUGCUACAGGGGAUUCUUGAGACAGGUGACUGUGACAAACCGUCAGGCUUCAGGAGUGUGAAAGCCCCCUCAACAAAGAUCGGAUCAUCCGUGGGGAACGCAGACAAGUUACCCACCUGCGACAAAUGUGGAUCCGGCAUUGUGGGGAUGGUGGUGAAGCUGAGGGAUAAGUUCCGUCACCCCGAGUGCUACACCUGUACAGACUGCGACGUCAACUUAAAACAGAAGGGACAUUUCUUUGUGGAGGACAAGAUUUAUUGUGAGACGCAUGCACGCGAGCGAGUGACUCCGCCUGAGGGCUACGAUGUGGUCACCGUCUUCCCCAAGUAGAGGGCUCACUCCGGCCUUGGGACUGCACGCCACAAUCGGACACUAUGACAUAAUCCUAGAUGUCCCGACAUUUAGCUCAUGAUGGUCUUCUUUGCAUUGUGUUUCAGUACGGUCACAGGUGGGCAGUCCAGUAGAGAACCACAUCUUCGAAAGUGUCAAUUUGCACAUUAACUUCUACAAAAGAAAAGUCAAUGAAUACUAUGAAAUGAUGGCAUUUGUUUUUUUAUCUCCCUAAAAAGAGUCUUCCAUUUGAAUGACAGCCAAUGUGUUGAUGUAAUAUUUGUCUUUGUAAAUGUAAAUGUUCAGUUUGGAUCAUGGAAACAAUGGAAAGGCAGACUACUUUUCACCACAAGACUUUUUUCUACAGUUUUAUUAAAUAAAUAGAACUACUUUUUAUGCAGCAAGAACAGCUCAAAAACACAUAUGAAUCAUUUCCAAAAUAAAUAUUUUAGCUUAAAAUAA